AUGUGCCCAGAUGAUCAGUAUCCAAACAAGACACAAGAUCAAAGCAUUGCCAGAGAAAUAAUUUACCUAUCUUAUGAGGAGCCCUUAGGAGUUGUGCUGGCCUCCUUGGCACUUUUCCUUUCUGUGAUCAAACUUGUAGUGCUGUGGAGCUUCAUUCAGCACUACAAUACCCCUAUUGUCAAAGCCAACAACUGGAGUGUCACGUGUGCCCUGCUUGCCUCCCUGCUCUUCUACUUCCUCUGCUCCUUCUUCUUCAUUGGGAGGCCUGGGUGGAUGACCUGCCUUCUGAGGCAAACUGUCUUUGGCAUCAUCUUCUCCACUGCUGUCACUUGUGUGUUAGUAAAGACCAUCACGGUGGUGUUCAUCUUCAUGGCCACUAAACCUGGAAACAGGGUGAAGAAAUGGCUGGGGAAAAGACUGGCUUUCUUAGUCAUCAUCCUCUCUUCACUCAGUCAAGCUGGAAUCUAUGUUGUGUGGCUGGCGACUUCUCCCCCAUUCCCAGAAUUUGACAUGCAAUCCCAGGUUGAUGUAAUAAUAGUUCAAUGCAAUGAAGGUUCUGUUCACAUGUUCUACCUGAUCCUGGGCUACAUGGGCAAUUUGGCUCUCAUCAGCUUCACAGUGGCAUUCUUUGCCCGGAGGUUGCCUGAUACUUUCAAUGAAGCCAAACUGAUCACCUUUAGCAUACAGUUGCUCUCUGUCAAUUACAACUGUGCCCAGGAAGACAAAUUGAUGGCUGUCAUUGGUGGCCUCACCUCCCCAAACUCCAUCCAGAUGGCCAAUGCCUUCAAUACCUACAAGAUCCCACAGAUAAAAAUUAUGACAAUGCCCCGUUCUACCUGCGUGGAGAGCUGCCAUCCUGGGCAGAGCAAGUUUGUCCAGCAGGGGGAGCCUGUGUGUUGCUACGAUUGCAUUCAGUGCCCCAAAGGAGAGAUUUCAAGCCAGGUAGAUGCAGACCAGUGUGAGGUGUGUCCAGACGACCAGUAUCCAAACAGCAACCAUGACCGCUGUAUUGCCAAGGAGAUAACCUACCUGUCCUAUGCUGAGCCCUUGGGAAUAGCUCUGGCCUUCUUAGCUCUUGUACUUUGUAUGAACACAGCUGUUGUGACUGGGACCUUCAGCAUGCACUGGAACACCCCCAUCGUCAAGGCCAACAACUGGAGCAUCACCUGUGCCCUGCUCUGUUCUCUGCUGCUCUGUUUCCUCUGUUCCUUCCUUUUCAUUGGGAGACCUGUGAAGGUGACCUGCCUUCUGAGGCAAACUGUGUUUGGCAUCGUCUUCUCCAUGGCUGUCGCUUGCGUUUUGGCAAAGACCAUCAUGGUGGUGUUGGCCUUUGUGGCCACUAAGCCAGGAAACAGGAUGAGGAAAUGGGUGGGGAGGAGACUGGCUGUGUGGGUCAUCAUUCCCUCAUCUCUGACUCAAGUUGUAAUAUGCUUGGUGUGGCUGGUGACUUUCCCCCCAUUCCCAGAGCUGGACAUGCACUCCCAGGCAGACACAAUCACAGUUCAGUGCAAUGAAGGUUCAACCCUCAUGUUCUACAUAGCCCUGGGCUACAUGGGGGUUUUGGUCCUGAUUAGCUUCACCGUGGCCUUCCUUGCCAGGACGUUGCCUGAUACCGUCAAUGAAGCCAAGCUGAUCACCUUCAGCAUGUUGGUCUUCUGCAGCAUGUGGGUGUCCUUUGUGCCCACCUACCUGAGCACCAAGGGGAAGUACUUGGUGGCUGUGGAGGUCUUCUCCAUCCUUACCUCUGGCGCUGGCUUACUGGGUUGCAUCUUCCUCCCCAAAUGCUACAUCAUUCUUCUGAGGCCUGACAUGAACACUAGAGAGCAAUUAGUAAAGAAAAGGAAUCAUGCCAAUGGGGAAGUGAAAUAA